GUCCAAAUCCUUAGCGGUUUAUUUAGCUAGCAAGUGAACACUUCUUCGUAUUUUUACCUUUCAUAGUGGCUAGAUAUGGCCGCUAGAUAUGACAGAGCUAUAACAGUAUUUUCCCCCGAUGGACACCUGUUUCAAGUGGAAUAUGCACAAGAGGCUGUGAAAAAAGGCUCUACUGCGGUGAGUGUUAUUAGCUAGCUAAAUUAGCCAGUUUAGCAAGGCUAACGUUAGCUUUAGUUAACGAGUUACUUUCCAUUCAGUCUUGCAUUUGUCAUACUUCAUUUGCUUUGUGAAUUUGAACUGACAAUUUACUAUGUCUGUGAAUAAGUAUAUUAUCUAGCUAAUUCAACUAACUAGCUAGCUAACUUUCUAACAACGAGAUACUCAUUCAGCGGGGACAGCAUGACUUGCAUGUUAUUGCUAACCUACCAACUAGCCCAACUAGCUAGCAAACACAGGUUUUGUUCCAGGUCGUCUUUAUUGCAGUCGCACUGAGCAUAUCAGAAAAUUGUAAUAUGCUGACUAAUCAUUGUUCUUUUGUGUAGGUGGGCAUCAGAGGGAAAGACAUUGUCGUUCUGGGUGUUGAGAAAAAGUCUGUAGCUAAACUCCAAGAGGAGAGGACUGUACGCAAGAUAUGUGCACUGGACGAUCAUGUUUGUAUGGCAUUUGCAGGUAAAACCAUCCAUAACAAACAUUUAGUCAUACACCCAGUCCGAACCACCUGUCUUAUCAAUCUGAUUAGCCUAGCAAACUAGUUAUUAUUGAGCCUUGCUGUAGUUAUAUCUCACUGAUUUUCAAUAAUCUUUGAUUUAAUUUCAGAUGCAAGGCCUGCUUUUUAGUUUGUGGAAGAUCAGGCAUUUUGUGUCAGUUUUGAGUAAAAGGUCUGAAAUGUAGAAUGUUGUGACUCAGACAUUGUCCCUCUCUUCUGUCCUUCCAGGUCUGACGGCCGACGCUCGUAUCGUUAUCAACAGAGCCAGGGUGGAGUGUCAGAGCCACCGGCUUACUGUAGAGGACCCUGUUACUGUGGAGUACAUCACACGCCACAUCGCCACACUCAAACAGGUAGGCUGCAUGCAAAACACACUGGUAUGAACAUUCUUCAUUGCCACACUCAAUCAAGGACGUGUUCAUUAGGGAACACUGCAGUAAAACGUUUUGCAACAGAAAAUAGAAAUGAGUGUUUCUUGGUAGUGGUAGUCCAUCCUUGAUUCAUUCAGGUUUCUUCCAUUUGGUGCCUAAUGAACAUGACCCAUGCAGGUAGUGUCUCUCACACAGUCAAACCCCCGUUGAGUAAGAAUGUGUCUCUCUCUUUAUCCCCCCCUUCAGCGUUACACACAGAGUAACGGACGCAGACCCUUUGGUAUCUCUGCUCUGAUCGUGGGCUUCGACUACGAUGGAACCCCACGGCUCUACCAAACAGACCCAUCUGGAACAUAUCAUGCCUGGAAGGUGUGUAGCACCGUUCUUUCUUAUGUCCAGUAGAUCACACUCUGCUAUCCUGCUUUAUGAGUAGAAAACAUAACACACAGGCCCACACACUAAUGCUGGCUUUAUCCAACCUGUUUGGUUAAUUCUUCACUUUGGGUGUGUGGUUUAUUCAGCCUAACUAUUUUGCAGGGUUGCUCAGUGUUCCAUUUUCUGUGUGUAACCUCUCUCGACCUUCUCCCCUGCAGGCCAAUGCCAUCGGUCGCAGUGCAAAGACUGUCCGGGAGUUUCUGGAGAAGAACUACACAGACGAGGCCAUCGCCACUGACAACGAGGCUAUAAAGCUGGCCAUCAAAGCCCUGCUGGAGGUAGGCUAACACAAGCACUAACAGUUGCUUGAUUCACACUAAGGCCAACAAGACAAGCUGUACUAGGCUGGCCUGAUUACGCAUCCACCAUAGUUGCUGGAAACGACAAUGUGAAACAAAAAAUAUCUGAGCUGGCACAAUAUGGUUCAUGUCGACCCUAUAAUGUGAAUGGGGCAACUAAGUCACUAAUGGUGGUUGAUGGUAAUGAACAGCAUGCUAACCUCCUGACCCUAUGCUCACAGGUUGUUCAGUCAGGAGGAAAGAACAUUGAGCUGGCAGUGAUCAGGAGGAAUCAGCCACUGAAGGUACACACACUAAAAGCUUAAAAGUAGUUAACUGACAACUUAUUCAUUCUAUGGACGCAUGUCUUUUGAAAUCAUUACUAAUUCCCUGUUUUGUACAUAUUUCUCUAUCAGCUUUUGGAGUCUAAAGAAAUCGAAACCCUCGUGGCUGAAAUCGAAAAGGAGAAAGAGGAAGAGGCAGAGAAAAAGAAGCAGAAGAAAUCCACAUAAAUCAAACUAGGCUGUCACAUGACCUGUUUUCAGUUUGUGUGAGGAUAAGAUAGGCUUCAAUAAGAAUGAACACGUUAAACAUCUCCUGUAUCCUACACACAUCCUGUAUCCUACACACACACUGACUCUUGUCUCCAUUUUAUAUUUUGUUCUGUAGUGUGGCUACUACUUCUCUGUUCACUGUUAUGUUAGC